CUGUUUUGUGAGCUGCAAUACACACGAGUGAGGAAACCCAAAAGCCAAACAUUUGGACAAUUUAAGCCCCUUUUUUAUCGGGAACAAAAGCACAAGAGUAUUUCACAGACUAAUUCGGAAGAGGCAGGAUUACAUUUAUGUCCAACUACAGCCGAGUUUGUCCUACCGUUUCACUAGUUUAGCUAGAAUCUCACGUUAAAUCCGGUAACUUAACGUUAGAUUCGGUUCACAGUAAGAUGCCGUCCCGUGUUGAGGAUUACGAGCUGCUGCACACGAUAGGCUCUGGUUCCUACGGAAGGUGCCAGAAAAUAAGACGGAAAUCUGAUGGGAAAAUCCUUGUGUGGAAGGAGCUGGACUACGGCACCAUGGCGGAGAGUGAAAAGCAGAUGCUGGUGUCGGAGGUGAAUCUCCUGAGGGAGCUCAAGCACCCAAACAUAGUGCGGUACUACGAUCGCAUCAUAGACCGGACUAACACCACGCUGUACAUCGUCAUGGAGUACUGCGAGGGUGGGGACCUGUCCAGCCUCAUCACCCGAUGCAUCAAAGAAAGGCGUUAUUUGGAGGAGCAGUUGAUCUUGCGAGUCAUGGCACAGCUCACGUUGGCCCUGAAGGAGUGCCACAGACGCAGUGACGGCAGGGCCACGGUCCUUCAUCGAGACCUGAAACCAGCCAACAUCUUCCUCGACAUCAGACAGAAUGUGAAGCUCGGGGACUUUGGCCUCGCGAGGAUCCUGAACCAUGACACCAGUUUUGCAAAGACAUUUGUUGGGACACCUUACUACAUGUCUCCUGAACAAAUAAACCGGAUGUCAUACAACGAGAAGUCCGAUAUCUGGUCGCUGGGAUGUUUGCUGUAUGAACUCUGUGCAUUAUCUCCUCCGUUUACUGCUUACAACCAAAAAGACCUGGCAGAGAAGAUCAGAGUAGGGAAAUACAGAAGAAUCCCGUACCGAUACUCUGAGGACCUGAACACUUUGCUCAGCAAAAUGCUCAACCUGAAGGACUAUCUGAGGCCCUCUGUGGAGUCUAUUCUCCAGAGCAGCCUGUUGGCUGACGCCGUCGCUGAGGAGCAGAGGAGGGCACAGGUGCGACUCCGAAGAAAGUCUGCAGAGUCUGACUGUCCCCUUCACAGGCCGUCUGAACCGGCAGCCGCCUCUCCCGCAGAGCUCAGACUCAGGGAACAGGCGCUGCGAGACAGAGAGAAGGCGCUGAAGGAACGUGAAGAGAUGCUGGAGCAAAGAGAGCAGGAGCUUUGUGUUCGUGAGCGACUGUCAAAUGAGAAGCUUGUGAGAGCUGAGGGUUUACUGAAGAAUUACAACCGUCUACAGCAGCAGAGGGACCUGUCUCCGUUCUAUGGCAAAGACAUAGAUGAGGAGAACCUCUCCCCCGGCAAGAAGAAGGUCCACUUUGCUGGUGAGAGCAAAGAGAACCGGCGGCCUGAUGGUCGUCAGAGUGAGUCGCCCCAGGAGCUGAUUUUGAGGAGGCUGCAGGUGGCCAAUCAGCGCGCUCAAGUACUGAACGAGGUGGAGAAGACCUGUCAGUUCAGGAGCAGGCAGAUACUGGGCAUCCGCUGAUCAUACAGAUCUCACUGUAUGACUUGUGACCGAAUGUGAAAGCUGCUGAAGGCUAUGAGUCAUAAUAACUGGAUGUAAAUAACUUUUAUUUAUAUGAUAAUUCAGUAGCUGUGAUGGUAGUGAAGCUAAAUUAUUCAAUCCAGUGUGCUGUCGUGUGUAUGUUACUGUAAGCUUUGUAGUGUCAGAGUUUUAUUCAAUUAUUUAGCUUUUGUGAAUGUACUGUAUGUUAUUUCUAAAUAUAUGUCAGUUUUUAUUUUACAAAUAGACAUAAACUGGCAGAUUCUAGGAUGAUCUGUAACAAUACAACAUAAUGUUGUAAGUACUUGUGAGGUUUAGAGAUUGAUAAUCCUGAACUGUGAUGGCAACAUU